GGUGCGUGACGUCACAGUUGCGGAAAUGGCAGAUCCAAGAUGGCAGCGGAUCUCCAGAAAUUCUUGUUCAAAUCGAAGUUUUUAAGGAAAUCCGAGCCCUUGAGGACAAAAAUAUUAGUGUUAGUGUUACUAGGAUGCUCGCUUGUGUGUGCGGGAGGACAGGAGGAGUGUAAUGAUUUGUGCAAACACGGGAAAUGCGUGGACGAACAGUGUAUAUGUGACCCGGGGUGGAAAGGCCCGCAAUGUCAGUGGUGCGAGGGCAGAGUGAGAUUAAUGUCAAAUUCAAGUGUGAUAACUGAUGGGUCAGGAAACUACUCUACAGACACUCAGUGCACAUGGCUGAUAGACUCUGGCCAAGUCAAUGCCUCCAUCCGCCUCCACCUGGAUCACUUUGCCACAGAGUGCUCGUGGGAUCACUUGUAUGUCUUUGAUGGUGACAGCAUCUAUGAUCCUCUCCUGGCUGUGUUUAGUGGCAUGGUGGUGCAGGACAACUACCAUGUUCCUCACAUCCCUGAGGUGGUGGCAAGGUCAGGCUCUGCAUUACUCUAUUUCUACUCUGAUGCUGCAUAUAACCUCACAGGAUUCAAAAUAUCUUACAGAAUCAAUGGGUGUCCGAGAACUGUUGGAGGGGAAGAAUGUUCUGGACAUGGUGUUUGUCUGGAUGGUAUUUGUACCUGUAAUGCUGGGUGGGGUGGCCCUGCUUGCUCUGUGCGUGUGUGUCCUGAGGGCUGCUCAGGAAAUGGCCAGUGUAAUCCUGAGGAACAUCGAUGCCAGUGUCAUUCUGGUUAUACUGGUGCAGACUGCAGCCAGGUAGUAGAGGCUGGGUGGUGGGAGGUGGUGGGUCAUGACAUCACCAGCCAAUUGACCCAUUCCAAUCCUGCCUCAACUUUACUAGAGAGAUCCUCUCACACCACUGUUCUCAUUGAUGACAUGGUGUGGGUCAUAGGGGGUUACUCUUUUACUGACCGACCCUUCAUUCUCAAGUAUGACAUAUAUGGUGACAAGUGGAUUGCUGUAAACAGUACGAGCAUUAAGAAGCCAAUGUACAGAUAUGGACACACCACUGUUGUGUAUAAUGGUUCAAUAUACAUGUAUGGGGGCAUGAAGGCAGAUGGAAAUAUAACUCAUGAGCUGUGGCGUCUGGAUACUCAAACUCUGAAAUGGUCCCUGAUACCAAAACGAGUUGGUCGAGGUGGAAGAGGAGGUGGUGGACGCUCUGGGAAUGGAAGGAGGAACAGACAAGGACGCAAAGAGAGGAACAGACGCAAUAAUCGAAAUGGGAAGAAUAAAGAUGACAAGUCGAAUAGUAAUGGCAGAGAAUGGAGAGAAGAGGAGGAGGAACAGGAGCAAGAAAAUGAAGAAGGGAAAGCAAACAAGGAAAAUGAUGAAGGGGAAGAGAAGGAGGGGCACCAGAGAAAAAAUAGGAGUGGUGGCUGCUCACAUGCUCCUGGACCAUGUGCUCCUAUCCAAUGCGUGGGUCACGCAUCAGUCGUUGUGCAGAAGGGCACAGAAAACAUCAUGUUGGUCAUUUUUGGUCACUCUUCUGUUUAUGGUUACUUGAAUACUGUCCAGGAAUAUAACUUAGAUGAAGAUACUUGGAGCACUGUAGAAACUCGCGGAGCAAUAGUGAAAGGGGUGUAUGGCCACACAGCUGUUUGGGACCCUGCAACUGCUCUGGUUUAUGUUCAUGGAGGGCUACUCUCCCAUGACUCCACCAGCCAGGUCAUUGCCACCCUCAUGACCUAUGACCCAAUCAUGCAGAAAUGGAAGCUGAAGAAUCCAGCCCCAGUGCCUCGGUUCUUGCACUCUGCCGUCCUUGUUGAGGGUUUGAUGUUGGUAUUUGGAGGAAACACGCAUAAUGACACAGCCUACUCAUACGGUGCCAAAUGUUACAGUGCAGACUUCUUAGCCUAUGACGUAAUUUGCAAUUCUUGGCACACUCUUCACCAACCACCCAAUCUUUACUUAGAUGUGGCACGCUAUGGUCACACAGCAAGUCUCCAUGAUAGCAAAAUGUAUAUAAUUGGAGGCUUCAAUGGAAAAAUGCUGGGGUCUGUUUUGCGCUACCAUCCUGGAGAGUGCAAGCAAUUCACAUCCAGCGAGGAGUGCCUGAAAGCUUUCCCUGGACGCAAAUGUGUCUGGAUCAGAAUUUUGAAGCUUUGUGAACCAAACAAAAAUAAUGACAAGAAUGCAUAUGAUGUUUGUUCAAAUGUAACACCAGCUGUGAAUUUUACGGAGCUCUGCAGCAAACAGCAGUCAUGUUUGUCGUGUAUGUCCAAUACCUAUGGCUGCAAAUGGUGUGGUAGUGCUUGCACCCACAACAAAUGUGUGGAAUACAAGCCUGAGGGUGUGAUGAGUUUGAGUAAUGGUCUGGUAAAUAAAGAGGGUCCCAGGCCUACCAAGGUGGUGGGAGUGGGCAGUGUGGAUGGUUGUGAAGAGGACAGUCUCAGAUCUCACUGUAAGUCUCUUAAGACCUGUAAGCUGUGCCGUGCCCACCAGCACUGUGAUUGGCAAGAACAAAUGUGUGUGGUGGCCCGCAAUAGGACAACCUCAUCAGAGCACCUGGAAAUAUCUGGAGAAAACAUUCUAAGUACUCCUCCCAUUGACCAGCAAGACCACCAUUCUUCAAUAAAUGGUGGUACACGGAAUGCUCUCCACCCACACAAGCCCUGUGAGGCCACCUGUGCUGAGAGACUUACAUGCUCCAAGUGCACUGAGAGCACAUGUAUGUGGUGUUUCAACCAGCAACGCUGUGUCAACAACAACUCCUACUUGGUCAGUUUUCCUUACGGCCAGUGUAGGGAAUGGACCACAGAAACCAAGAAGUGCAUGGAUCUCAAGCAAGGAGACCGCCGCUGUGCUCUCCACAAAACCUGCAAGAAGUGUCAGGCAGAUGUGGCUUGUGGUUGGUGUGAUGAUGGCAGUAGCACAGGCAUUGGAAGAUGCAUGGAAGGAGGUCAGCGUGGGCCUAUCAACCCAAUCACUGGAGUACUCAACCGGAAUUCGGAUAACUGUUCUGCAUCCAACUGGUUCUUUACUGAAUGUCCCUUAUGUAACUGCAAUGGCCACAGUACCUGUGACAACAAGAGUCAGUGUAUGCAGCCAUGUGGUAAUAACACUGAAGGCUCUCACUGUCAGCACUGUACACACAAAUUCUACGGCUCACCCAUCAAUGGAGGCCUGUGCAGGCCCUGCAUGUGUAAUGAGCAUGGCGAGACAUGCAACAGGGAAACUGGUCGCUGCAACUGCCACACAAAAGGAGUGACGGGGGACCAUUGUGACCGUUGUGAUACACAGAACAAUUAUGUAGGAGAGCCUCUUCAUGGUUCUUGCUUCUAUGAUCUUCAAAUUGAUUACCAGUUCACCUUCAACUUGUCCAAACAAGAAGAUCGACACAUCCGUCAAAUUAAUUUCUUCAAUAUUCCUACCAAGAGUGACGUAGACACAGACUUUGACAUUUAUUGUUCUAAAGCUACAAACAUCAAAAUAUCAUCAAAGUCAACUCGGAGCCAUGAGUCAUGGAUAAUUAGUAAUUACACUGGCACUCGCAUUAAGCAGCGGUUUAGUGCUUCUGAGUACACUUUUGGCUCUGCAGAGAACAAUACCACUUUCCAUGUUUACGUGUACAACUUCACGCCGCCCAUAGAGAUUGUGGUCUCCUUCUCUCAGCAUCCUAAACUGGAUUUAGUUCAGUUUUUUUCCAUAUUUUCAUUAUGUUUCCUGAUACUCUUAACGCUGGCAGCAAUUCUAUGGAAAAUAAAACAAAAAUAUGAUAUAUAUACAAGAAGACAGCGUCUUCUGGUAGAAAUGGAAGCCAUGGCCUCAAGACCUUUCCGGCCCAUUCUUCUGGAACUUUAUCCAAGAGGAACUGCAGCAGAUUCUUUUGAUGCCACAGUUGAAAAUACUGACACAAACACACCCACCAUUACUCCUCUGAAAAGCACUAACAACAACAACAACUGCUGUGUCAUGGAAACCAAUGGCACUAUGCCUAAUGUUCUCACAGCCAAUGCUAACAAGACCAAUACCAAAUUUUACAAUAACAGUGCCAACAAGUUUAUACAGAAUUCCAUAUCACCUGAUAGUUUGUCAUCAGAUUUGCUAGACAGCCUUGGAACUCUUAAGAUAAAAAAGAAGGUCAAUCCGAGCCCUAUUGCUCUGGAACCAUGCUGUGGUAGCCGUGCCGCCGUCCUCUCUCUGCUAGUGCAGCUUCCCACUGGCACAGAGCUCUACACCCCAGUUGGGCAUCCAGGUGGAUUGGCCAUAGCCAGCACUCUGGUAACCUUAGGAAACCCCCGAAAAAGCAGCAGUGAACCCAUUACACUAACUAAAGGGGACAUAUACAAGAACAAGACAGUACGAGGCAAGCAGCCAUACUCCAAUCACUCAACAGACACCUGCAUCUAGCAUCAUCAUAUCCACUUUUCACCGUUCUAUGCAGGAUGUCGUCAAUGGGAAUGAGUGGAGGUUGCUGUUCGUCCCGUUCUUCCCACCUGCAAGAUAGGUCUGACCCAGGGAUGGCAGCUUAGUUACUGCUACUCUGGGAUCACUGUAAAGUGUGUGUGUGUGUGUGUGUGUGUGUGUGAGGUGAUGGUUCUUGUUAUAAUUCACUAUCAUCCAAGAUGUAAGAGAUUAAGAAUUUAAAUUCAUUAGGGUAAAUCAUUGCUUAGUACAGGUUAGCUAUUGGCUUAUUAUUAAUCUUACUUUCAAAACUGAUAAUUAAUUGAUGAAUGGUUAUGUGCAUUAUAAUUCUGAUCUUUGAAUUUUUUUUUCAAAAGUAGUUCUUAUUUAUUUAUUCAUAUAUUUAUCUUAUUCAUUUGUUUGUAGAUCUUCAGUGAUUCAUUACCAAAUAUGUACCUUUAUAGCUAUUAGUAGGUCUCAAAAUUAUAAUAUUUUAUUAUGUUCAUUGUUUGAACCAAAGAUGCAGAAAAAUCUUGACUUGAUGACAGUCACAAGUAAAGCACUGUCUUUGAUUGAUAUAAAAAAUGCUGAAAAAGAAUAUGGAAUUCCUUCAUGUUAAAAACAGUCUUGUCACAUUCCAUGAAACAAAAGUAGUGAUUUAUCAUGUCAGAAAAGUACAUUGUGUUGAAUGGGAUCACAGGAGCCUUAAGUGGUACUAAGGUUUUAUGCAGAGUUAAGUUUAUCAGCUACAGCUAGUGCUUACCAAUAGGUUGAGCUGCAGUAAGCUAGCCUCUUACCUGUCAUUAUAAAGAACAGUGACCUGUCUUGGUUGCCUCUAGUCAGGUCAGUCACAAGAUGCUAACUCUUCACAUAGUUUGCCAUCAUCCAUAAAAAUGCCCCAAAAUUGUGUAGGUUUUGAUUUGAAUAUAAGAAAGAAAAACAUGUUUAUUAGGUUCAUUUGAAGAAAAGGUUCACAGCCAUCUAAAUAUCAAACAUUAUAGUUUUAAUGGUCUUUGUAAUUUUUCAACAUUUUCAUGUGAUCUAUUUUAUUCUUUUAAAAAGGUAUAAUUCAUUAUUGUUAAUUUUCUGGGUAGGAUUGAUUCAUGACUUUCAGAUUUAAAAAUCCAUUAUCUUUAAAUAGGAUAAAUUUUAAAUAUAUUACAUUGGCAUGAAAACUGCAGUCAGAUAAUCAAUACUUUAGCAUAUUUUUGUAAUUGAUAAAUAGCAAUCAAAUAUCAUUCUGAUUUUUAUGUGUAUGAUAUUGAAUGGCAUAAUAUACAUAUGAAGUCCUUCACCAUGGUCACAUUGAUGAAAAUAGAAAAAAAUUACUUUACACAGCAAAAUUUACCUGGUGCUCAAUCAUAUUAGGACAGGUUGAUAGAUCACCUGUUUGAUGUUAAACUUUCAGUAUUGUUAAACUUUCAGUGUAACACUGAAGUUUGAUGCUCAUCACUCAUGAUCCAAAAUACUACCAGGUGUCCUCCAUCUACAUUUGAAUAUAAUACUUAUUACUCAUGAUUAUUUUAAGCAAUGAUCAUAACAUCAAUGGAUAGCAAACAAAUGGUUUAGUUUAAGCUUCUGAAUGGAGAUAGUAGAAGUACUUAUUGACUUUACAAGUGGUGUUUUCACUAAUAUAAGUGAAUUUCAUGCUCAUAUAACAUCUCUCAUCUGUGUUGUACAUUUGCAACAAGCAGUGAAGUGUGUGUAUAGAGGCUUGAGUGUCUUCAGAUGUACGUUUCUUUUCCAAUGAGUGAUGUUUGGAGUACAGGAGAAUAGAUCCCUGUUGUUGAUAUUGUGCCAUAGAGGUUCACACACAUCAGGGAGAGUUGACUGUCAUGCCACAGCCUCAUAUGAUUCUUUCAUUUGCGAAAGCUGGAAUCUCACUAAUGAUAAUGUGCAGUAUUAAUAUAAAUUUUUGAGCUAAGUGGUGAAAGUUUGAGAGCUUUUCAGGCAACCCAUGAUCACAUUUUACACAUUAUUCACUCAGAAAUAUAAUCAUUCAUAGGAGUAGCAUUAGGUCUCCAUUCAUCAGGCACUGUAUUAGGAGAAAAUGUGAUGAUAGGGUGUUUAUAUAGAAGUGUAAGAGUGCAUGAUUGCCACUAAACUGAAAUUUUAUGUGGAUGAUGGUGAAAGAGAGGUUAAGUAUGGUAAACACUUUUGUAUAUAUUGUCUCUGUUGUUGUUUUCUGUAUUUUAUUUCUGGGAAUAGUAUGUUCAACUCAAAGCAUUACACACUUUUGUAUAGAUGAUAGUAUUUAAUGCCUUUGUAUUUUGCUACAGGGCAUUGUUUAUAUCAUGUCAAAAUUUUAUAUUAUAUUUUCUUAGGUCUCAUGUGUCCUGAAUAGACGUGGAUUUUAUUUCAUAUGGCUCAAGUGUUUUGUUGUUAUGAGUUCGUAAAAUAAUGAGUGUACAUAUUGAGCAAUUACUUUUAAGAUUCCAGAUCGUGAUGUAAUAUAUACAUACUUUAUUUAUUUAGCAUGUAUAGUAAAAAGAACAAGACUGUAUGGAGAUUGUCUCACUGAAUCUCAGCCAUGUGAUAUUCCUCAUGUACGGAGCUGCAUUCAAGAGACACUAGUGAAUGUGUGUGGAGUUAUUUACACACAGCUUAGCUGACAAGUGUGUUCAAAAGUUUCCUAUGCUAUGCAUGCUCUGAAUAAUAUAUUAAUCAUAAUAGUAUGGAAGGUGGAAUAGGAGCUGCAGCAAAAUAGUCUGGUUCUCUGGUUUUUAUAGGUGUUUAAUUGGCUUAAGGUGUGCAUUGGAGUAAAACCUCAGUUUUUAAUGUAGCAUGUUAACUGGGUUUGCAAGGAAUUUGUUUAUUUAAAAAAAAAUGUAAUCAAGAUGCCAGCAGAGAACCAGUACCAUAAUCUCACACUGUGUUGGCACUACUUAAAUAAAUUUAUACUUGAAACAA